AUGAGGAAUAUAGGUACUUUAAUCUGGUUUCGAAUAUUACUUAUCUUACCAUUCACUUCAAUUCUAACAUUUGUUUUGACCUUAAUUAUAUGUAGUCAAAUACCGAACAAUAUUCAAUCAGGACAAAAUUUACCCCAAAUAUCCGAACUUGGAACUGGUCAAGCACAUUAUUAUUUUAUGUCCGGUUUUAUAAUUCUGAUUCCACAACUGUUAAUCAUAUGUAUCGGUAGACUUCAAUUUCUACUUCAAUCUCAAACAAUUAUUCAUCGUGCUAUAAUAUUUUUUAUUCAUAUCAUUGCAUUUGUCUCUGGUAUAUUUGUUCUAAUUAUGGCCAUAGUAAGCCUCGAUGAUCGUGAAAAUGUACACGAUAUCGGUGCUAUUGUUACCUUUGGUUCUAUUUCAAUCUAUUGUAUUCUUCAUACAAUACUUAUAAUUUAUCUUUUUAUUCAUCGAUCAAAAGCUUCCGAACAUUCAAAUGUCAUUUUUCCAUUGUGGUUUCUUGGAUGCACGAUCUUCAUACUUACUUGUUCUAUUAUUUGGGUAAUUACAUUUGCAAGUAUUCCUGAAUAUAUUGCUGCUGGAACACCUUUUCUCUAUUUUCUUGCUUUUGUACCACAAUUUUGGACAAAAACAAAACAAAUGACGAAUCCCACUUUUACUGUACACUAUUCGAAUCGAAGAGAAACUUAA